UCGUUAUAAAACGGUUUUCUCCUUUUCGGGUUUUUCCACUUUCUUUCACUUUUAAAAUUGAAAAAUUCACUGAACUACUUAGAGCUUAGAAUAACUGCUGCAAUGGACCAAAUAAUAACGUUCGACAAGAGCCUCCAGACCCGUCUUGAAGAGUACAAAAACGUAUUUGUGGGUUCACAAACUUUACUUUACUCACAAAUCCAAAAAGAAUGGGCCUAUCAUCUAGAACUCAGCUUGGACCCCAAUGGAUGGCAAGCAGUGUGGAAGAUUCCACGUCUCAAAUGCGAAGAGCUUAAAAUACCGUUUCCCACAGUGGUCUUAGUUUAUGUGCUUGAUGUUGCCUACUUGGACCUUGCAGCUCUAGUAAGAAUUCUAGCUGUGCAAGAUGAUAUUCAUUUGCCGGAGAAGCACCAUGUGCCCCUCACUCAACUCUGGCCCACCAAACAACAAGAUAAAACCAUUGCUCUUAAUCUACAUUCAACUGCUAAUGCUUUGGAUAUGCUCAGGUUCUUUUAUAUACAUAUAUUAAUGCCUUGGGAUGAGGAAGAUGAUACAGUUGAUUGGAAAGGCACUCAUUUAUUCAGUAGGUUGAAGCUGUAUUAUGAUUUAAAAAAUGGUAACAUCCCCAAAGGCACUUCUGAGCACAUUCAUGCCCUUUUAAAUGAAGCUAGACGUCUAAACAGUAAAAGGCAACAUCUGGUUAAUUUAUGCACAGAUGACAGUGAUCUGGAAAAUACUUGUGACACCAACUUGGAAACUUUGAUAGAAAUUAAUGUACGACUAAUUGAAAUACAAAACGAAAUAAAUUUAUUCGAAAAUGAAAUAUUUAGAAAAGUCAUUUUGAAAAGACAAGAAUCUAGUGAAUUAAAAUCUUCAGAUGAUAAGGACGACAAGCCUCACAUUUGGAUAGUUUUGAAAAAUGCUACUGCAAAGGACUAUAUAAAAAUCCUCCAGUCUGUUGAAGACUUAUAUCCCGAUCAAACUCUGUCCUUUGCUCCAAAUUUAAUGUCCAAACUUGAAUCUGCAAAUUGUGAAGAUACAUUCCUACUAAGCCCCAAGAUUCAUAUCAUAAAACGAGAAGGUGUACUUAUAGAAAAUUUUACUCUAAAAGGCAUCGGCAACAGAGACUUUGUACAAAUAGUCUCACAAGCUGAUGAUGUAAUGUUUGAUUGCAUACAGGACUCCUGCACCAUUGAAAAUAUCACAUUUGAUUGUAAAAAUACCCAGUGUGCCUUACUGAUAAGAAAAGGUCAGGUAACAAUGAAAAAUUGCAAAAUUGUUGGGGACAGUUCCUCAACCACUCAUCAAGGAAUUUUGGUUUUAAAUGGUGCCAAAUUAACAUUGGAUUCUUGUGAUAUUUCUGGAUUCUCGAUGGCAAUUAUUGGCAAUAGCGGAUCUACAAUUGAUAUUAAAAAUUCUAAUAUACAUGAAGGAUAUUCUGGAAUUAAAAUUUACGAUCACUGUGUUAUGGGGAUUUAUGGUAGUUGCAUAAGCAAUUUCAAGGAGUAUGGGAUAAUUCUGGAAACUGAACAAGAUUUGAAUUUCGAUGCUGAUGGAAAUUCUUUUAAUAAUCUAAAUUGUGUUCCCAACAUUAUUACUGACUCUCUAAGUGGUGAAAAUAAUGGGAAAGGGAAUGUGGCAAUAAAAAAAUCCAAAAUAAAAGCUAUGGAGAACCUGUUUGAAAAUCCUGACUCGGAUCCAACAAUUUUACAAGGCUCUGAUGAUGAGAUGGAUACUAGCCAAGGAAGUAACAAUGAAUUAAACGAUACGGUUAUAGAGAUAGAAAAUAAGGCUUGAGUUUUUUUUUUUUUUUUUUUGUUUACAAAGCUUUUGUUCAGUUCGAUUUUUAUUUUGGUAUAUAUUUUUUCGUUAUUAACUUAGAGUUUAAUUUUUAUUUGGAACAUGUUUUUAACCUUGAAUUUGUUUAACUGUUGAAAUAUUAAGGUUUCUUCCUUUACUUUUUACUUUCCAAUAAAACACAUUAUUUUCAGAAAAAACAUUUUUUUUUAAACAAGUCUUAAAUACAAUCUUUCACUUAAAUUUAAUCCAGAAAAAAUGCUACUUCUACUACAGAAAAAUACAUCUUUAUGGGAAAUUUUCCAUUUUCAAAAACCUUAAUAAUUUGGAUACAAUUUUUUUGAAUAUGCAAAACUUUCCUUGAGAAAUUAUUUGCCUUGCAAAAUUAUUAAGAGUAUCCUUCACCUGGAAAUAAAAUAUAAUUGUCUCAAAUAUUUUGGGGCCUUGAAGACUAGAAGAACAUGGCUCCUUAUAAAUAAAACAUUUAUUAUUAUUUUGACACUUUAUGAUUACAAUUAUUGUAAAGUACCGCUUAAAUAUUUAAAAAAGAUUAUCGUAAAAAAUUUCUUUAAAAAUGAGUCUAUGGUUUAUAUAAGUAUUAUCCAGUGGCAUAGUUAACUAAAUCUUCGCAAGCAAAAGUCCUCUAUGUCACUAAUAAAAUAUAAUCAAAUUUUAAAUAACGAAAAAUUUACUAAAUAUACAGGAACUUACAAAUAUAAAUAAGAAAGAUAUUUAAUCUAAAUAUCCAGAGAGCUCAAAUGAAAUAAUUAAAUCUAACUUUAUAUACUAGGGUUGCACCAUUUAAAAUUCUCUGUACCUAUUGAUUAUUGAGUUUUGAAGCACAACCCUGCCAUCUUUAACAUACAUCUAGUAUUUUAGUAUUUAGUGCUAUCAAGAUCAGCAUUUGUUACUAAUUAUCAAUAAAAAUAAUUCUCUUACAUCAGUCAGUACAUAUAUAAAUAUAAAUAUAAAUAUGUGGUGAUAGUUAGCACAGUUAAUGUGAUUGCUUAAAAAUAUAUUAUUAUUUACAUUUUUUGAAUAAAAUUCGACAGGAUUUUGUAACAUAAAAAUUAAAUCAAAAUACUGAAUUGUAUUUAUUUACCUAAACUGAUAGCUUUUCUAAAUAGUUUUAUUGGUAGGAUUGCUGUCUAAACAUGGCAGAAAUUUCUUCUAAGGAUUUGUUUUUGGUUUCCGGUACUUUUUUGUAAAUAAAUAAGAAAAAUAAGGCUUGAAGGACGGCAAAAAUGAUGAAAAC